UCGCGCUCGGAGCACCUCAGUGCAGGCAGCAGAGGCAGCGGCGUUGGGAUGGCGGACGCCGACAAGCCCGAGGUGUCUGGGUCCGCUGGCAACGACAGCCCGCAACAGCAGCCCGCGGUGACGCCGGGCGAGCAGGAGAAGCAGCAGUCACACCCCAGCAGCUCCAAUGGCGUUAAAAUGGAGAAUGAUGAAUUAGUAAAAGAAGAGAAAUCUGAUUUAAAAGAAAAGUCUACAGGAAAUAAGAAGUCAAAUAGAUUUCAUCCUUAUUCAAGAGACAAGACUUCAGGGACUGGAGAAAAGAAGGGUCCAAAUCGUAACAGAGUUUUCAUUAGCAACAUCCCAUAUGACAUGAAAUGGCAAGCUAUUAAAGAUCUAAUGAGAGAAAAAGUUGGUGAGGUUACAUACGUGGAGCUCUUUAAGGAUGCGGAAGGAAAAUCAAGGGGUUGUGGUGUGGUUGAAUUCAAAGAUGACGAAUUUGUAAAGAAAGCACUAGAAACUAUGAACAAAUAUGAUCUUAGUGGAAGACCUCUGAAUAUUAAGGAGGAUCCUGAUGGAGAAAAUGCUCGUAGGGCAUUGCAACGAACAGGAGGAUCAUUUUCAGGAGGACACGUCUCCGAUAUGGGAUCGGGGUUGAUGAAUUUGCCACCAUCCAUUCUCAAUAAUCCAAACAUUCCUCCUGAGGUUAUCAGUAAUUUGCAGGCUGGUAGACUUGGUUCCACAAUUUUUGUUGCUAAUCUUGACUUCAAAGUUGGUUGGAAGAAGCUAAAGGAAGUAUUCAGCAUAGCAGGAACUGUAAAGCGGGCAGAUAUUAAAGAAGACAAAGAUGGCAAGAGCCGAGGCAUGGGCACAGUCACUUUUGAACAAGCAAUUGAAGCAGUUCAAGCAAUUUCUAUGUUCAAUGGGCAAUUUUUAUUUGAUAGACCAAUGCAUGUGAAAAUGGAUGACAAAUCUGUCCCUCAUGAAGACUACCGUUCACAUGAUAGUAAGACUCCACAGUUACCACGUGGCCUUGGAGGCAUUGGAAUGGGACUUGGUCCAGGUGGACAGCCUAUUAGUGCCAGCCAGUUGAACAUAAGUGGUGUAAUGGGAAAUUUAGGUCCGAGUGGUAAGUUUGGGAAUGAUGGUCCAGGUUUGGUAGGAGUUUAUAGAAUUGGAGGAGGAAUUGGGUUUGGUGGCCUGGAAGCAAUGAAUAGCAUGGGAGGAUUUGGAGGAGUUGGCCGAAUGGGAGAAUUAUACCGAGGUGCCAUGACUACUAGCAUGGAGAGAGAUUUUGGACGUAGUGAUAUUGGAAUAAAUCGAGGCUUUGGAGAUUCCUUUGGUAGACUUGGCGGUGCAGUGAUUGGAGGGUUUAUAGGGAGAAUAGGAGCUUACAUGGGUCCAGUAGGAUGUGGAAUUAAAGGCGGAAUGGCUGGCAUGAACAGCAUGACUGGAGGAAUAGGGAUGGGACUGGACCGGAUGAGUUCCAGCUUCGAUAGAAUGGGACCAGGAAUAGGAGCUGUGCUGGAAAGGAGCAUCGAUAUGGAUCGAGGAUUUUUAUCAGGUCCAGUGGGAAGUGGACUGAGAGACAGAAUAGGCUCCAAAGGCAACCAGAUAUUUGUCAGAAAUCUGCCUUUUGACUUGACUUGGCAGAAACUAAAAGAAAAAUUCAGUCAGUGUGGUCACGUCAUGUUUGCAGAAAUAAAAAUGGAGAAUGGGAAGUCAAAAGGCUGUGGCACGGUCAGAUUUGACUCGCCUGAAUCAGCUGAGAAAGCCUGCAGAGUAAUGAAUGGCAUAAAAAUCAGUGGCCGAGAAAUCGAUGUUCGCCUAGAUCGUAAUGCAUAA